GUAGGAAAAGCUGUCGAAGUCGCUAUUAAUGCAGGCUACAAACAUAUCGAUUGUGCGUGGAUCUAUGGUAAUCAGGUGGAGAUUGGCGAGACUCUCAAGCAAUUGUUUUCAGCUGGUCACGAAAGGGAAAACAUCUUCAUAACGUCGAAGGUGUGGAACACCUUCCACUCAGCUCCUGCUUGUAAGAAGCACGUAGUGGAAAUCCUUGAUCAACUGCAGUUGAAGUGUAUCGACUUAAUGCUCAUUCAUUGGCCAUUCGGCUUUGAGGAAGGUGGCGAUCCUUUUCCAAAGAUACCGGGCACUGACAAUACGAAGCCUUCAAGUGAAGAUUACGUGACAACCUGGAAAGUGCUGGAGGAUUUUGUCAAAGAGGGCAAGAUUCGAAGCAUUGGCAUUUCGAAUUUCAACCACAAGCAAAUCGAGCGGUUAAUCGCCAACAGCACUAUAAAGCCGUCUGUUCUACAGGUGAUGACAGCGUUAGGAUAG